CAUAUGUAGUUUUUUUUAUUACAUUAACACCAAGAACCAAUGGCACUAUACGUUUUCAUCUGAAUAUAUACCAGCUAUUUACAUCUCAGGUGAAAAAUAGAGUUAUGAUUAUCCGGAUAUGAGUGAGAAUAAGCAGAAGAAAGGACCAGCAGGAGGAGGAGGACCCACGAAGCGAUACAAGGCAGAAGAGGAAGAAGAAGAAGAAGCGGUUUGUUUAUAAAGAGAGGAAGGAGUUGUCCGGAAGCUGCCGUGAUGGAGGAGGAGCAUCUCACAAAGUUUGACCUGGGUGACCUGGAGCACCUCGUGGAGACCGACGAUUUCACGAUAUUCAACCAAGAUGACCUACCCAUGGGCGGCUUCCAGGUCAUGGAGGACAUCAGGAGGAAGGGCAAGCUGUGUGACGUGACCCUCAAGGUGGAGGACCAAUGUUUCACUGCACACAGGAUUGUGCUGGCAGCUGUCAUACCAUACUUCAAUGCCAUGUUCACUCAUGACAUGGCUGAAAGCAAACAGAUGGAAAUAACCAUGCAAGGAAUAGAACCCAGUGCUUUAGAAUCCCUGAUCAACUUUGCGUACUCGGGAAAGGUGAAGAUUGACGGCAGCAAUGUGCAGAGCUUGCUGGUGGGCGCCUCCUUCCUGCAGCUGGCCAAGGUGCGGGAGGCCUGCGCUGACUUCCUCAAGCACAGGCUGUACCCCAACAACGUGCUGGGCAUCCGAGCCUUUGCCGACACCCUAGCCUGCUGGUCGCUGGUGGAGGCCUGCAACCGCUACCUCCAGAAGCACUUUGUGGAUGUCUCCAUGUCCGAGGAGUUCCUGAACCUGCCGCUGCCGGACGUGAGGGACAUCAUCUCCCGGGACGAACUCAACGUGCAGAGCGAGGAAAAUGUGUUUGAGGCAGUGAUGGCGUGGAGCAAGCGGGACCUGGACCAGCGAGCGGACAGCCUCCCGGAGCUGCUGACCAAAGUGAGAAUGCCCCUUCUCACGCCCCAGUACCUCACGGACCGUGUCGGCACCGAAAACCUCAUCAGGUCAUCCCAUGAAUGCAGAGACCUGCUAGACGAGGCCAAGGACUACCACCUCAUGCCCGAGCGCCGGCCACUCCUGCAGAGCUUCCGGACACGGCCACGCUGCUGCAAUGACAUCGUGGGCCUCAUCUACGCUGUGGGCGGCCUCACCAAGUCAGGAGAUUCCCUGAGCACGGUGGAGGUGUAUGACCCCAUAGUGGGCAGGUGGCAGAUGGCAGAGAGUAUGUCGAUGCUGCGUUCUCGGGUCGGUGUGGUGGUGAUGAAGAAGAAGCUGUAUGCCAUCGGUGGGUACGAUGGCAUAGACAGGCUGGCCACGGUGGAGGUGUUUGACCCGGCCAGCAAGUGUUGGAGCAAAGUCUGCCCCAUGAACUGUAAACGAAGUGCCGUGGGAGCAGCCGUGUUGAAUGACCAGCUGUACGUGUGUGGCGGCUAUGACGGUGUGGCAUCCCUCAACACGGUGGAGUGCUACCACAGUGACACCAACAAGUGGAUCAUGGUGGCCUCCAUGACCAAGCACCGCAGCGCAGCCGGCGUCGUUGCCUUCGAUGGCCACGUCUACGCCAUUGGAGGACAUGACGGACUGUCCAUAUUUGACUCAGUGGAGAGGUAUGACCCCACAACGGGCCAGUGGACGCCUGUCACCCCCAUGCUGAGCAAACGCUGCCGGCUGGGCGCUGCAACACUCAACGGGCGGCUGUAUGUGUGUGGCGGCUACGACGGUUCCACUUUCCUCAGGACGGUAGAGGUGUACGACCCCAUCACCAGCAAGUGGUCCUUCAUCGCCGCCAUGAAUGUAACGAGGAGCCGCGUGGCGCUGGUGGCCAACAUGGGCCGCCUCUACGCCAUUGGAGGCUACGACGGCGUGUCUAACCUGUCGACGGUGGAGGUGUACAACCCAGACCUGGACCAGUGGGAGUUCAUCACCUCCAUGUGUGCCCACGAGGGGGGGGUUGGCGUGGGAGUCAUUCCCCUCCCCUGAGAGAGAGCUGGGCCAAGGUGGGUCCAUUCCAAGUCACAACUCUUUCAUGGCAGCUUAACCUACUAUAGGAAUAACUUUUAGUGGUAGUGACCUCAAAAUCCAUAGACCUUGUGUCCAGAAGCUGUGCCAGAUUGUCAAGGGUGGAUGUUGUGUGUAGACGGUGCCCCCAACCACUGGUGCCAGCAUUGGGUUUGUGUGCGUGUUUGUGUGUAUGUGUAUGUGUGUGUGAACAGGUAAUCCUUGAGUUGCAGUGUAUGUGACUUAACCCCUUGACUGCGUAUUUCCUACAAGAAGACAUCACCAAGGUACAGGAAUGGAACAAAAAGUGGCUGCUACAAUUCAAUGAAGAAAAAUGUAAAGUCCUGCAUCUUGGAAGGGGAUAUCCAGCAUACCAAUACCACAUGGGAAACACUCCACUAUCCACCACAGAGUCAGAGAAAAACCUGGGACUAUAUGUUACCAUGCUACCACUGAAAGCCAAAUCCAUUCCAAUCACAGCGGACAGGUUAAGACGACUCACUUACAACCAGGCCAAGAAUAUCAGUAAUACCUUAAGUAGUGAGUUGACAUUUCAAGUAUCCUGCCAUGGAUAGAGCACUAGUUUGUUUACACAGCCCCACCCCCUUCUCCUGGCUCCUCCCUACGCCCCCAACCUGACCAAUAUGACUUACAACCUGCCUGUCGAAACAAAACUCUGUCAUAACUCGAGGAUUACCUGUGUUUGUACAGUGGUGCCUCCCAAACAGUGGUACCAGCUGGAAGUAUGUGUGUGUGUGUGUGUGUGUGUCCACUGGUUCCUGUACACUGGUGCCAGCAUCAAGCACGUGUGAGACCAAGCAGUGGGUGCUCCAGGGUCUCAGCUGAGGGGCUCCUGAGGCAUUGGUCCCCGGCUCUCUGACAAGUGACGCGUGACACUCCAGACCUGCCUCUUCCUACAUCUCCCUCUCCUCUUGUAUAGUAAUCUUGCCUCACUCUUUCUCCCUCUAGUAUCAUAAUCUCCCUGCCUCUUCCUUGCUCUCCCUCUAGUAUUGUAAUCUCCCUGCCUCUUCCUCCUUCUAGUAUUGUAAUCUCCCUGCCACUUCCUCUCCCUUUCCCUUUAGUAUUGUAAUCUCCCUGCCUCUUCCUCCCUCUCCCUCUCCCUCAAGUAUUGUAAUCUCCCUGCCUCUUCCUCCCUCUCCCUCUAGUAUUGUAAUCUCCCUGCCUCUUCCUCCCUCUCCCUCUUGUAUCGUAAUCUCCCUGCCUCUUCCUCCCUCCCUCUCCGGUGACGUGUCUUGGGUGCUAGACUUUGUAUGGAAUCUUGUACUGUGGUGCUUCCAAGGGUAUAUACAACAUGACGGCAGGACAUGUGCGAGACACGUGGAUGAUACAAACUUGAGUCACACGCCAGUAAGGGCACAAGCGCCAUAACCACCAAACACUUGUCUGCACUGUGUAUUUCAACAGGUUUUCUUCUCUGUUGCAGUAAGUCACCUGUUCCCUUCUGCGGAUAUUUAUAAGAUGUAGUAAGCAGUUGAAAUAUAAUUAGUUCCAAUAACAUAUACGGUCCAGUGUUGACCAAUCUCUCGGCUUGCAUUUUUUGUCUCUAAAAUGUUGCUUGUCCUCUUACUGCAACACGUGCCUCACUUUUUGCAUGCUUGAACAUAACACAAUGAGUACACUUGGCACUGUAAAAUAAACUUGUAAUGCAUGGUAGUCACUGCCCCAAAACAUGACCAGUACAGUCUGACGGACGUAUGAUGACCCUCUUGUGAUGUACCGUACUUGUGUAAAAGUCAGUCCCAUAAGAUCUGACCCACCCCAAGGCCAUGAUAUGCUCCCUUCAAGACUAAAACGUAUUCGGGCAGGGAAAAAGUCAGUCCCAUAAGAUUUGACCCUCCCCAAGGCCGUGAUAUGCUCCCUUCAAGACUGCAAUGUAUUCGGGCAGGGAAAAACAUUAAGCCCCCAUGAAGAAGUCUGCAUGUAGAAGUCUUUGAUAAACAUGAGUUUUACACACGUAUAUGUACAUAGUGUGUAUAAAAUUAGGUGGACCGGGAGAAGCAACUGCAGUUCAUGAAGUGGACUUUUAUAAUAGGAAGUGUUAGAAUCUCUUACAAAGGGUACAAGGCUACAAACAAAUUAUUAUUAAAAUUAUUAUAACUAUUAUUAUUAUUUUAGUUUCUUUUUAUAGGUGAGGAGACAGGUUUUUUAUUUGAUUUUGUAUCUAACUUGCCAUGUGAGGAAACCAAUUUAUAUUUUUUGCAUUUUUAUAAACUGACAGUAUUUGAAGAGGCAGUGGCACCUUCACCUCUCCUCUCCCUCCACACCUCACAGUGGACAGACUGAAUGUUCACGUGACUGUUCCACACCUGUGUUGAAACAUUGCUCGCUCUCUCUCUCUCUCUCUCUCUCUCUCUCUCUCUCUCUCAUGGCCUGCUGUCAUUUCCUCAUCCGCUCAAGCAAUCAUCUCUCUCUCUCUCUCUCUCUCUCUCUCUCUCUCUCUCUCUCUCUCUCUCUCCUUAGAUCAUGUAUGGCAAACACAUCAGAUGCUUUUCUUCAUAUCACACACACACACACACCCUCUCUCGCCAGUACCUGAAACAAAUGUUCAUCCUCAUUCCCCUUUGUUUUAUGUACCAUUUUUUUAGCUUCUUAAUUUAUAAUAUUCGUAUACAAUAACUGUGUGUGUGUGUGUGUGUGCGUGUGUAUUUUCAAGAUCUAGGUUAUUUAUAAAGUACAACAGAGUCCCAAAGAGUGUGAUCCGUGAGUUAUUUGAGCUACAAAUUAUUGAACUCAAAAUGAUCCAGGCUCUAUUCUCAAACACUUCCAACCCUCACAGCCAAAAUUUACCAAGGCCACUAAGGAGACUAGUUGGGUUUACAUGAGUGUUUUUCACAUUCAUGGUGCAGAAGCCUUGCCAAACUAUCACUAGACUCCAGAAACUACCUAUGGACAUAUUAACACAACCUCUCCCAAAGCCUUACCAAAUGUAGGUGUGUAAGCCCCCCCCCCCCAAAAGGCUUGAGGAUACAGGCCGUAGUGUCACAAACAGAUCUCGUAUAGUAAAAGCCAUAGACCAGGAUGAAAUCAAUGCAAUGAGAGAGUUGUAUGAAUGAAAAUCUUAAACAGGUUACAAAAACUUAAUCUCCCUGCUUCUUCCUCCCUCUCCCUCUUGUAUAGUAACCUCCCUACCCUGUCCUCCCUCUCCCUCUUGUAUUGUAAGCUCCCUGCCUCUUCCUCUUCCUCUCCCUCUAAUAUAGUAAUCUCCCUGCCCCUUCCUCCCUCUCUCUCUAGUACUGUAAUCUCCCUGCCUCUUCCUCCCUCUCCCUCUGUCUAGUAUCAUAUUCUCCCUGCCUCUUCCUCCCUCUCUCCCACUCCCUCUCCCUCUAGUAUCAUAUUCUCCCUCUAGUAUCAUAUUCUCCCUUCCUCUAGUAUCAUACUCUGCCUCUUCCUCCCUCUCCCUCCAGUAUCUUAUUAUCCCUGCCUCAUUCUCUCCUUCCUCUAGUAUCAUAAUCUCCCUCUCCCUCUAGUACAGUAAUCUCCCUGUAAUCCCCCUGCUCUUCCUCUCUCCCUCUCCCUCCAGUAUCAUACUCUCCCUGCCUCUUCCUCUCCUUCCUCUAGUAUCAUAAUCUCCCUGCCUCUUCCUCCCUCUCCCUCUAGUACAGUAAUCUCCCUGCUCUUCCUUUCUCCCACUCCCUCUCCCUCUAGUAUCAUAUUCUCCCUGCCUCUCCCUCUCCCUCUAGUAUCAUAUUCUCCCUGCCUCUCCCUCUCCCUCUAGUAUCAUAUUCUCCCUGCCUCUCCCUCUCCCUCUAGUAUCAUACUCUCCCUCCCUCUCCCUCAGUAAUCUCCAUAUAGAAUGUCAUUAAUUCCAACAACAGCACAAUCUCAUGUAUCCUGUAAAUUCUCACACUCUUUGGGAUGCUCUUUAGUCCGUUCUCAAAUUCAUUAAUAGUUCUGCUGUUAAUGACCUCAAUGUGGCAGUUGUGGAUCAUUCCCAAUUCAUUGUCUGCCCAGCUGAUUCUCAUGUAUAUUUAGGAAGUGUUCUGUAAUAAUACCCGUAAUAUUUUCAUGAUCUUAGGGUCACAACUUAGGCGUGUAGCAAUCUCCUUUCUCGUGGUUUUAAUUCCUUGAUUCAGUACUGUUUCAGUCACAAGAGUAAAUCACAGCUUGACACACUCAGUCAUGCAAGUUUUCAUGUUAUUCACUUGAUGUGUAUUCUGAGUUGCUUGUUUAGUUCCAUAAUCAAGCUGCAUUGGUUGCUUGGCAUCCAUUGGUUGUGGAUUCUUGCAGGGAAAUCACACUAGUUUAAAAUAAUGGACAGUAACAUUUUGACAGAACAUUACUGUCACAUUUAUCUGUUUGUUAUGGAUGCUACUAAUAGUGUGCUCUUUGACAUAAUGACAUGCGUACUGUGCUUUGUGGACAUAAUGACUCGUUCAUUGUGGAAUACAUGGACAGCCUGAGAUCAGCGGCCGGGCCACUCACACACACCUCACAGUGUUUGUACUCGUGUGUCAUGGCCCGCAGCUGCCAGGAAGAUCUGUGUGGGUGCAAGGGUCGCAUUCUCACACUGUAUACCAAUAUGGGACUUACCUUCCUCUGUUAAUGCUUACAAGCCUCUGGCACAAACUGCUUCAUUUUUCUGUUCAUGCACUGUUGGGGAAUAUGCCCCAUUGAACUUGCAGGAGGCCAAAUAAGUAUAUAAAGUCAGAGAGUUUGCUUCAGUUUGUAAAAGUUACUGGGCAGCAUAAGAAUGCUGCCUUCCUCACUACUCUUGUGGACUUUUGGGGGCAGGUCUUGUAGCGGUGCUGUCAAACACACCUCACAGGGAAAACAGUACUCAUGGUUAUGAGGAUGGGAGAAAAUUAUUGUUACGCUGAAUUGUGUGUGUGCGUGUGUGUGUGUGUGUGUGUGUGUGUGUGUGUGUGUGACCCAUGGUCUGAUCCUGUGCUGGACUUGUGAUCACCAGCCAGUGCCCUCCCAGAAAGAGCUUAUAGCUAUAUAGUGAUCAGUCUGUGGGCAUGACUGGAGACUCACUCACCACACCCUCCCAUUCCUCUUGCUCAGGGCAGGACAGGGCUGCUGCUGUCAGCAAAAAAACUUUUGGCCUGAGCAAGACACACACCUCAGAUGGCUGUGUGUGUGUCUAUGUUUACUUAGGAAAAUGAGCUACAUUCUCAUCUCAGAAUCUCAACAGGUAAAAUUUAUCUUUAAAUUCAUGUAGGUUUUUGGUCUGAAUGAUCUCACUGUCCAGGCUGCUCCACAGUUCAGUGAACAUAAGUAGAAAACUAUUUUUCUAUAUACUUAAAGUCUGCAUGGUGCAGUGGUUAGCUCACUUAGCUACAUAUCCGCGGGCCUGGAUUCAAAUCGCAACCCAGGGAGUCGUGUGUGUGUGUGCGUGUGUGUGUGUGUGUGUGCCAUUUAAUCAGGUAAUCCCUCUUCUACUCCCUUGCCACUUCCCUGCUUCUUCAGUCGGUGUUCCCGCCUGUAUAGCAUGGAAAAUGGGGUGGUGGUGAGGAUGGUGAUGAUGAUAAAAAAAAUUAUUACUAUUAUUAUUAUUAUUAUUAUUAUUUUUAUAAUUAUUAUUAUUAUUAUUAUUAUUAUUAUUAUUGUUGUUGUUUUAAGUGUAGCCUGUGUUCACUGAAGUUUAGUAAAGUACUAUUGAUAGUAAUAAAUACGUAUACUACAUUUGUUUUCCAGGUAAUACCAGAUUGUAAUCGCUCUACUACACUUGUUGUGAAGGUAAUACCAGAUGUGUACAUUCAUGGGGACCACUUGACUUGGUUUAUGCAGUUACUGACAAUAUCUAAGCCUAAGGAACAUUCUAGAUUUAUUCUUUUGUAUAUCUACACUUUCUGAUAUAUUUUUGUGAUAUUAAUCUUAAUUCAAAUAUAUGAAGUACAAUGAA